CGUAAACGUCAGAGUGAGGUUCAUCUCAGAUGAUUAUUUAUUAUUUUACAAAUAUUUAUUUACUGAGUAUUGGUAAUUAAAAUAAUGGAGUUUAUUGAACUGAUACAUAUAAACAAAUUGGACGGUGUUAUUCUCAAGUAUCCGCACCAAGACAACGUGGAUGGAACUGUGUGUAUAACUGGGCAUCAUCUUAUAUUGAGUUCGCGAAAAGAAGGCGUUCACGAACUAUGGCUUCUACACAAGAACAUAGACAGCAUAGAGAAGAAGGAGAACAAACCAAUCAGUGGAGUCAGCCAAGGAGGUUCUCUCUUCCUCAAAUGCAAAGACUUGAGGAUAUUCCAGCUAGAUAUAGCUACUACCAACGAGUUAAACCAAAUGCAACAGACACUGGAAAAUUUAUCCGGAUUGCAGGAUCCCGCCUUGUUCUACCCGUUCUUUUAUAGACAUAUGCAUCCUAUUGUGGAAAAUGGAUAUACGCUAUACAGCAUAGAGGGUGAAUUCACAAAAGUACUGGCCACAGAGGAAUGGCGUGUUUCCCGCGUAAAUCAGAACUAUGGCGUAUGCUCGAGCUAUGGGAAAGCGGUAGUGGUGCCCAAAUGUGUUGAUGAUGAUACUCUUGCUGCUGCAGCUACGUUCAGGCAAGGAGGAAGAUUCCCUGUACUGUCUUAUAGGCAUAAUAAUGGAGCAGUACUAAUGCGCGCUGGCCAGCCGCUAUACGGUCCGAAGCACCGACGGUGUAGACCUGACGAAGCGAUACUGAAUGCGGUAGUGGCUGCCGGUACUAAAGGCAUUAUAUACGAUCUGAGGAGCUCCAACUCGAUAUCACAGCAGCAGAAUAAAGGUGGUGGAACAGAGAGCAAUUCAAACUAUUCCCAGUGGAAAAUCUACAACAGAUCCAUGGAUGAGGUGGACAACCAGCAGCCUCUGUUAGAUAGCUACUCUAAAUUAAUAGAUGCAUGCAACGACCGUGAGAUAUCGAGUGACAAGUGGGUGUCGCGGCUGGAGUCGUGCGGCUGGCCCGAGAGCGUCCGCAACUCGCUGCACACUGCCUGCAUCGUCGCGCAACAUAUACACCAGAAGGCGGAGCCGGUAUUAGUGCACGGCACGCGAGGUGAAGACGCCACACUGCUGGUGUGCUCUCUAGUGCAGAUCAUACUCAACCCUGACUGCAGAACUAUAAGGGGUCUACAAGCUCUAAUAGAACGCGAAUGGGUACAAGCAGGCCACCCGUGGUACUCUCGACAGCGUGUCGGUCCAUACGGGCCUCCAACACCCCGGGCUGCUCCCACCUUCCUGCUGCUGCUGGACUGCAUCAGGCAGUUCCUGGAGCAGUUCCCCUGCAGCUUCGAGUUCAGACAGAGCUUCCUUAUUACCUUGUUCGAGCACUCGUAUGCUAGUCAGUUUGGUACCUUCAUGUGCGACAACGAACAAGAGCGUGAAACCCGCGGGGUCUACACCCAGACUACCAGCCUGUGGUCGUGGCUGAACCAGCCGGACGAGCUGCCCAAGUUCAUCAACCCGCUGUACGACCCCACGCCUAACGUCAUCUGGCCCUCCGUAGCGCCCAUGAGCUAUGUUAUAUGGGAAGAGCUAUACCUCCGCUGGCUCGUCCAGCAACACACAGAAGAACGCGAGGAACAGUACCGGCACAUCCGCGCCCGCGAGCAGCAGCUCCGUGCGCAUGCGCAGCACAUGCGCCGCGAGCUGCUCGACCUCGCGCAGCAGUACUACGCGCACAAUAUACACGAUAAGUAACCUAUAGUCAGUAUGUAUGGCCGUAAACAAUAUUCUAUCUAACUUUUGAUUUGUAUAAGGUGAUGUCAUUUAACAUCUUUGGCUGUCGUUAAGCCAGUAAGUCUGACACUAGUCUUAGCAAGGGUAACUGAGUUGAAGAGGUCAGAUAGGCAGUCGCUCUUUGUAAAUCACUGGUACCUACUCAGCUGCAACUAGUUAGACCCAACAACCCCAUCAAAUAAUAUAGUUGGUAAAAGACUCGUUAAAUGAUGUUCACAUGCAUAAGGCUACCCCCCACGUCUGAUGAUCGGUGACCGAUUUUCUCUAGGAGAAAAAUAGAACACAGUGAUAGCAAUAGUUGGUCAGAAAAUUCCAGACAGAAAGUCCUACUAAAAUCGUCCCGAUGUCUGUCCUAUAAACAGCUGGAGAUAGAAUUUUGACAUUUGCCCCUUGGCAUAUCGAAUUCUUUAGUAAGAAAAUAGAAGAGAGAUAGAAUACUGGAAACGGCCGCUAGUGUAGAUAGAUUAGUGCUAGGCCUGUAGAAAUGUAGAUAGCCUAAAAAUUACGUACAUAUUUAGUUUUAAGUAUGUGACGGAAGACCAAAGAAGCUGGUUAUGGGUAUGACUGGAGACUAAGCGCAGACUUUAUAAUAUGCCUUGCCAUUUUGAGCACUUACAAGCUGUGAGCCUAAAAAAAUCUGAAUGCGUACAUAUGCCCAUGCCGCGAAAAAGCCUUUACGUGUAUUAAUGCAUCUCAGAUGUCUGAAAUUCAACAUAUUUGUGGAUAACCUCAUUGCCCCGUACUUCUAGGCACGUUUGCCUCCAUUCAUGCCUAUAAGCUUCUUGUAUAACCCCCAAACAUUAUAUCACACCAUGAUAGUGUUGGAAAAGCUUAUUGAAAGAGUAUAAUAUCGACAUUAAAAUACUUGUUUUUCGAAUUGUCUGAACAGCUGUGAGCUUAAAGCUAUGCUGAAGUGCUUUUUAGAGAAGGCCUUGUUGAGGAGAAAAAAAUUGAUAGCGAUAUUACAGAUAAAGGAUGUUGCCAAAUCGAUUCAAAGCUAGUGAUGGGAUUUGUAUGUUAACACUCGAUUGUAGGCAAGCUGAAAAAAACUUGCCAAUAGUCACUGGCCGGGUGCAGAUAGAAAAGGGGGAUUCUUAAUUUUUUUUUACGUUGUGCAUGACAUUCAAUAUAUACCGCUAAGGCCUAAAGUAUUGAGACCAAUCAUUACGUAAAUAAAACACCAAUAUUAUAAUGUAUUAAGGGCAGCGUUUUACAUCAAUUUAAUAUGGACCUUGAGUAUCAUAAAUAAACUUUUCAGUAAUUUAAAGAUGAAAAUCUACCAAUAGUAUUAAAAAAUGAUCGUUUAUUGCAAGGCUUAAGUUAAGUUAUGGCGUAUAUGUUAAGUUACCAUAUUAAAAAUAAUCAUACAAUAUUCGUAUUCAUAAACUCACUCACUUAUAAAUUAAUAUUGUUAAAUUAAACUUGGUGCACUAAAAGGAGAUUGGGCAAGAAUGUAUGAAGUUUUGUCCAAAUGUCCACCACGAACGAGAC